AUGGCUGACACCGAGUCCGCGCCCGCGCCCAUCGAGAUCAACGACGCCUACUUCUGCCAGCAUCUCAAGGAGGUCUGCACCGUGUGCUCGUACGACGGGCGGGAAGAGAACGACGCGUUCUUCGGGUUCGACCCCAUCAGCCGCGAAGGGCUCGAGGCGCCCGCGUCCAGCCAGAACAAGGAGGGCGUGUACCAGUGCAAGAAGCACGGCUCUACUGGGUGCUCGCAGUGCUACGGCUGGAAGAAGCAGAUCAGCCGGGCGCGCAUCGCCGCCAAGAAGGAGGCGAAGAGGAAGGCUUGA